AUGUUUUGUAUAACGAGCACUUUCACAAGCCCAGUACACAGCAGCAGAGCGGGUGGGUCGGUUUACGCCUGCAAGCUACGGCGAAAAAGCUUGCGAAAGCACGUGUUAACGCAGCCGUGGCCGCAAACGUUGCGGCUCUGUGCUGCAGGAUCGGUGGGCGACGACUCGGCUUCAGAGAGCGGUGUGGAGCCUGGGAUGCCUCCCGAAAAAGCGCAAGUCACGAGUUCGGCUACUGAUCCAGAGCUCGAACGACUACGCUUGGCGGUAGAGCGAGCGAAGCUUGAAGCAGAGCGGGCACGUUUGCAGGCAGAAAAGGCCCGGUUGGAGGCCGAAAAGGCCAAAAUAGAGGCAGAAAAGCAACGCCUUGCAAAGGAAAAGGAGAAAGAGAAAGCGGCACUUGCGGCUAAGGGUACCGCAGCCGUUGCCAGCGGUAUUGCACAGCCUGCAGCGAACACAGACGCGACUGCGGGUGCCCAGCAGAGCGGGACGCGUUCGCCGACAAACGACGCCGGCGGAAAACAGCCCGAGCGGGGCAGCGCACCCUUGAACAACACGGACCCUGCACUCCGCAGGGCUAUCGAGAGCGGCAUGCUUGACGAACGCAGCAUGGCGCUGUUGUCGCAAAUGGGGUCGUUUGUGCUCGGCGGUGGUAUCUCCGACGACGACCUGAAGCUCCUCCAAGAGAAGGUACUGACCUUCGAUACCUUCAUGGCAAACCAAAUCACAAGAACACCUAUUGGUGUUGUCAUUCGAGGGCGCCUUCGUGUGCAGAAUCCCUCAGAAGCCUAUCAAAGGCUCGAAAUGGCCCUGGCAAACACCGGACUGAACCAGCGCCUUCGAUUGUUUUUGAUGGAAGAUCCGAGGUCGCCAUUCCUCACGGAUGACGAGCUGCUCGUGGAUAGUGCAGACGAGUCUGCGCGGCUGCGCUCGCCUCCUAUUAUCGUGGUGAUGCCGAUCACUUCCGAACCAGCAGGCAUAGGUAUCUGGCAGUACCUCCUGGCCAGCGUUCUCGGAGUGACAGCGUUAUUUACAACGUUUGGCUAUGGAGUGGGUGUUUUUGGGCUUUCGCCGGACUUUGCUCAACAGAUUGCGCGCGGUAACAUCGAUGUGGUAUCCGAGACGCUCCCCGUGUCCAUUGGGGCAGUUGGGAUUCUCGUGGCUCACGAGCUCGGCCAUCGAAUCGCAGGUGCAGUUCGGGGCGUGAAACAGGGCUUGUCGUUCGUGAUCCCCUCGCUGCAGAUUGGUUACUAUGGCUGCGUGACACCGCUGAAAAGUUUCCCUCGAAACAGGUCGUCGCUUUUUGACGUGGCUGUGGCCGGACCUGUGGCUGGUCUCGUGAGCUCUGUCGUCGCCCUGCUUGCAGGCCUCGUUCUGACGGUACAGCAGGGGAGUACGCCGCUGGACUGGUUUCCGCAGAUACCCUCUGCGCUCUUCGACGCCUCGCUGUUCAUAGGCACCCUGGGCAAGGCUAUUCUACCACAAAGCGCGCUUUCGCAACCGACAAUUGCUGUCCAUCCGCUGUUUGUGGUAGGCUAUACCGGUUUGUUGAGUCAGGCACUGCAACUGCUCCCGAUUGGGCGCACGGAUGGAGGCCGAAUGGUUCAGGCAGCGUUCGGACGUCGCAUUGCCGGCAGAGUCAGCGGAAUUACGUUGCUUUUACAGGCUCUAGCCUCGGUUUUGGGGAACUCGCCCCUGCUCCUUUUUUACGGGCUGGUGGUGAUCUUUUUGCAGCGUGAGCAGGAACUUCCCUGCCUGGAUGAAGUAUCUGAGCCCGAUAAUGCCCGCAGAGUAACGACUUUUGUGCUGCUUCUUAUCACGAUGCUCAUUCUGUUGCCUUUCCCGUCACAAUUUGGAGACAUAACUGGCCAGUUUUGA